AUGCAUCAAAUUUGGAGAAAAUGGAUCAUCAAACGGACGACGUUACUAAAGUUUAAAAGAAUGAGCAGCAAUAAUAAUUUCGGAGGACAGCGACACGUAUUGACGACGAGCAGAACAAAAGGUAGUCCCAGUACGAGUACAAAUUUGAAGGAAGCCCUAUGGGAAAAAAUACCCAUUCAUUAUGAUCUACUAAGGAAUUUUCGUGAGCAGCAUGGAUCCUCCGUGGUCAGUCAUGUUACCGUGGAAAAUAUAUAUCAGGGACUAAAUGGUGUGAAAACUAUGGUCAGAGAAACAUCAGAAACGGAUCCAAAACAUGGCAUUAAGUACAGAGGAUUGACACUGCCAGAAGUUGUCACCCUCCUACCUCGUCAAGGGAAGUCACCGAGCGCGGAAUCUGUAUUUUGGUUAUUACUUACCGGUGACGUUCCGACGCAAGAACAAACGACUUCGUUAAUUACUGAUUGGACUAUACGACGUCAAAGAAGAAAAUACUGGUGGUCAGGGCCUGGAGGGGGGAUCGUUGGUUCUAUCCUUCAAACUCUUCCAAAAACAGUUACACCCUUGGGGAAAUUAUCAGUGGCCCUCACUGUCUUCGAUUCCAGCAAACACAUGAAAGAAGCUUUGAAAAAUCGAGCUUCGACUUACACGUAUUGGGAAUACACGUAUGAAGAUAGCAUGGAAUUACUUGCUACAUUACCCGCAAUAGUUGGUUUGAUUGCCAAAGAUGGGGGAUUGAACAAUGUCAAAGAAGAAGGUGACUGGGUACAAUUUCUAACGGAAUGUUUAAGUGACGCAUACGGGAUCACAGAAAAUCAGAAGAAGACAAUAGUAGACUUUCUUCGACUGUAUGUAACAUUAAAUGCAGACGACGAUGGAGGUAUUCCUGCUAUUCAUAUUACAGAAAUACUUGGCGCUACUCAAAUAGAUGUAAAUCAGGCAUUGUCUGCUGGUAUUUUAGCAUACACCGAUGAACCAAGGAGUGGUACCAUGUCACAAUACAUGGAAUUUCAAUCGAAAAUACAGGGACUUCUUGGCCGUGAAUCAAAAGAAGAAAACAUAAAGAAUUAUGUCACAUUGAUAGCUAAAGAUAAGCUAAUUGGUUGUAAGGAAACAGAAAUUUCUGAUCCACGAUACUCUGCACUAUUACAUUACACUAUGGAAAAUAUGCCUGACAAUUCUGAUGUGAAGUUGUCUCGAUCUAUUACACGAAUACUAACUACAAUGAUGAAAACGACUAAAGGAAGAACAUUUUAUCCGGAACAGACAACUAUUGCAGCACCGGUUUUUCAGGCUUACGGAUUAAAAGACAUGAAAUUUAAUCAAGUGUUAUUGUGCAUAUCAAGAGCACUAGGUGCAAUAGCAUCUAUUAUUUGGGCAAGAGCUGUUAAUGCACCAGUUGAGCAUCCAGCUUCAAAGAGCACGUAUAGCUACUUAGAAUCUAUUCAGGGGAUACAUCGAAACAGAAAACGCGGAAAACACAUCAAAGAUUCUCGAAAAUAAGUGUAUAACAUUUCAUUAAAUAUCCGAUUGUUUAUAUUACUCUAAUGAUUCUUGUUGCUGUUUACAGUUGCGUGUAAGUGAAAAUAUAUAGAAGUUUAUAUCUAUUGUAUUUUUUAUGUUUCUUUAGAAUUUCGUGUUUAUAGAUUCUUUAUAUAUGCUUAUCGUAAUAAAUAUAUCCUUGUCGUUUUUUAAAACAUAAACUAAUAUUUAUACUGCUUUCAUUAAUUAAAAUUUUAUUUCUUUCGAUAUUCGACCUACAAAAAAAUAAU